UAGCUAACCAGCAGACGGAGGCGGAGGAGAUCCAGCACAGGAAGGAACAGGAAACAAACAGCAAACCCCCAAACAACAGAAACAUGUCUCUGUCUAAUAAACUCAACCUGGACAAGGUUGAUGUCAAGGGGAAGCGGGUCAUCAUGAGAGUUGACUUCAAUGUUCCAAUGAAGGACCAUCACAUCACAAACAACCAGAGGAUUAAGGCGGCCGUUCCCACCAUCAAGCAUUGCCUGGAUCAUGGAGCCAAGUCUGUGGUCCUGAUGAGCCAUCUGGGCCGUCCCGACGGAAACUUUGUGCCCGAGAAAUACUCCCUGGAGCCCGUCGCUGCCGAGCUCAAGACCCUGCUGGGAAAGGAAGUCAAAUUCAUGAAGGACUGUGUUGGUGCAGAUGUGGAAGCUGCCUGUGCUAACCCUGCUAGCGGAUCCGUCAUCCUGCUGGAGAACCUCCGCUUCCACGUCGCUGAGGAGGGAAAGGGCAAAGAUGCCUCCGGAAACAAGACCAAGGCCACCCAGGAGCAGAUCGACAGCUUCAGGGCGUCUCUGUCCAAACUGGGAGACGUUUACGUCAAUGAUGCCUUUGGUACCGCUCACAGAGCCCACAGCUCCAUGGUUGGAGUGAAUCUGCCUCAGAAGGCAGCUGGUUUCCUCAUGAAGAAGGAGCUUGACUACUUCGCCAUGGCACUGGAGAAACCUCAGAAGCCCUUCCUGGCCAUCCUCGGAGGAGCAAAGGUCAAAGAUAAGAUCCAGCUGAUCAACAACAUGUUGGAUAGGGUCAAUGAGAUGAUCAUCGGUGGCGGCAUGGCCUUCACCUUCCUCAAAGUCCUCAACAACAUGGAGAUCGGUAACUCCCUGUACGACGAAGAGGGCGCCGGCAUCGUCAAAGACCUGAUGGCCAAGGCCGAGAAGAACGGUGUCAAGAUCACACUGCCUUGUGACUUCAUCACUGCUGACAAGUUUGACGAGAAAGCUAAGACCGGCACUGCAACCGUCGCUGCUGGCAUCCCCGCUGGCUGGAUGGGUUUGGACUGUGGACCAGAGAGCUCAAAGCACUUUGCCAAUGCAGUGGGCAGGGCCAAGCAGAUUGUGUGGAACGGCCCAGUCGGUGUGUUUGAGUGGGACAACUUUGCCAAGGGGACAAAGAACCUGAUGGACAAAGUGGUCGAGGUGACCAAAUCAGGCUGCAUCACAAUCAUCGGUGGGGGCGACACUGCCACCUGCUGCGCCAAGUGGAACACAGAAGACAAGGUCAGCCACGUCAGCACAGGAGGCGGUGCCAGCUUGGAGCUGCUGGAGGGUAAAGUCCUGCCCGGUGUGGAUGCCCUGAGCAACGUCUAAACUUCCCAUCAGCCCCACUGUGUGUGUGUGUGAGAGUGUGUGUGCAUUUACGUGUAUGUAUGAGAGGUGUGUAGCGACUAAGCCAGACUUCUGUUUACUCCUUAAAACCCUGCAAAACAAA